GAAAGGAAUCGUCCCUCUUCUGCUUUUGUGUUCUCUUCUGUCUCCAUCGAGGAUCCUGCGGUCUAUCGCGAUGCCGACCGGAAUCAAGAUCACAACCCUGGAUCUCAUUACCUCCUGGAUCCCAUUCUCAAUGUGAUUCAAAGCACCAGAGGUUCCAACGUCACUCUACCUUGUAUCCUGAGACUUCGGCCCAGGAGCUACAAGGUGAAAUGGAGCAAGAUCAACCCUUUAGACCCCAUGGAGAACCUCAUUGUCAUCACCAACGGCAAGUACCACAAGAAUUACGACAAGCUGAGGGGACGAGCCAGAAUGAGGAGAAGCCACCGACUUGAUGCCUCUCUGGUCAUCACCAAUGUAACACUGGAGGAUGAGGGCCGGUACAAGUGUGAGCUGGUGAAUGGCCUGGAGGACCAGAGCCUAACAUUGUCCCUACAGCUAGAAGGAGUAGUAUUUCCAUACCAGUCCAGAGAAGGGCGCUAUCGUUUUAAUUACGUUGAAGCGCGACAAGCUUGCGAGGAACAAGAUGGAAGACUGGCGACUUACACCCAACUUUACCAAGCAUGGACAGAUGGCCUUGACUGGUGCAAUGCCGGAUGGCUCCUCGAGGGCGGGGUUCAUUACCCAGUUAUUGUCCCCCGGCAACCGUGUGGUGGGGACCUUCCUCCCGGAAUACGAAGCUACGGCCCCAAAGAUCAGCUGAAGGACAAAUUCGAUGCCUUCUGCUUCACAUCAGCUCUGAACGGUCGAGUUUUCUUCGUCCACGGCCCGAUGAACUUCACAGAAGCCCUGGACGCCUGCUUGGCCCGCAAGGCUCAGGUCGCCAAGGUCGGCCACUUAUACGCCGCGUGGAGGUUUUCCGGCUUGGACCGCUGCGACGGAGGCUGGUUGCUGGACGGUAGCGUCCGCUUUCCCAUCGCUGACCCCCGGGAGAGGUGUGGGGGUCUCCCCGACCCGGGAGUGAGGAGCUUCGGCUACCCCAGCCAGAAAGAACGACUUUACGGUGUAUAUUGUUACGCCGCGCGGUUUAGGGAGCGCCUGCCGCACCAUCGCCUUUGGGAUAUCUGCAUGAGGACGUCCGGACUUCGACAAAAUGGCGUCCGCUUACCAACUGAAGCGUGUGAGAGAGGAAGGAUUGAGAUUGAGGUCAGCCAACACAGCCGAGUCGGCGACCUCACUUUUCUUUUCUGA